AUGGGGCUGGUAGAAGCACGCCGUACUACCUCUGGACCAAGUUGUGUCGAGGUCCGCAGGCGAUCUUUGGGGCUUCAUCCGGGUAUGUGGUCUAGAAGCUGCGAAGUACGAUCAAACAUCAUUAACGCGUCGCAGAAGGUGAACGUGCCAGACGUCUUAGCGCAGAAUGCAGACGUUACCUUUGCUGCUCACGGCCCUCCAACGUCGCUUCGAUAUCGAGCGGGAGAUAGACAUUUCUGGUCUUUUACGAUGAAGUAUUACUUCUUAAACAACGGUCAACCAGGCGUUUAUGAAGGUCAAGUAUCUGGGCCUUUCCAUGAACGGGAAUAUAAUCUCCACAUCUGUCGAAGAACAGCUAUUGUUGCCUUGGGUCUCAGUGCCAACAGCACCACCAAAGGUGCGGAUGACGCUGCUGCUUCGUAUCCUUGGAUAGCGCUCAUUCUAUCUUGCAAUCAGCAAUGGGACGGGGAAAGGCCUCGAUUCUUGAGUGGCGCUGAAGCUUUAUUAUGGGCUGUUAAUCAGGAAGUCAGCUGGGUUAGGCGCAGCUUGCGGCACGUCUCGAACCAAAUAGCCUCGCUGGCUGACGAAUUCCUAUUCAACCGGGCGUAUCGUGACUCUCUCUUAUUCGAGGACGAGGGCUACACAAACCCCCGUACCUACUUCUGGGCCCUCCAGUCACUAAGGGCCGUAAACGACUGUAUUAGUUCCUUAAUUUCUGCUUGGGAUAUCUACGACAAAUCUUCUUUGCUGGAUUUAUGCCAAGGCGAAUUCUCUCUCCCCGACUACAAUCCGACGGAUUCGAACACCGAUAAUUCAGCUAAAAUGCCUAGGUUGUACCUACAACAGAUAGAAAAGCAAAUGUCGAAGCUAAAGGAACUGCAAGCAACCAACAUCGCAAAGCAAGAGGAGAUCAAGUCACUACGAGACGGGAAGCAAUUGCUGAUAUACAUAUCGAUGGUCUUCCUACCUGCCAGCUUCGUUACGUCUGUUUUUGGCAUGGACAUCCUCAGCUUAAUAGUCAAUAUCAAAGAUUUUGCAGUUGUUUUUAGCGUCAUUUGCGGCAUGACCUACGUGGUCAUAGUUGUACUCAGGUUGGAUGGUAUUGUCCAUCUUCUGGCAUGCAUACGGGAACCACGGGGGAAACCAAAUACUCUAACACCUAGUGCAUCGACCAAACAAUCAUGGCCAAGCUGGCGCUUCUGGCCACGACGCAGCCGGGCAACCCUACCCUUUUCUGCAUCCCUGACGUGGCUUCAAGCAUGCCGGAAUCUUGAGAAACGGGCGAACGCCCCUAGUGAUGCGAGUAAGGAGGACGGUCGAUCCGCUCUGGACAUAGGUACAUGUGGCGCAGCUCAUAAGAUCGCCACUUGA